AUGGAUAAUCGUGGCCGUGGAAAGAGACUCUCGACUGUAGUGACAGCUGCAGCGAGCAGUAGCAGCAGCGCUAAAGAAACGAAACCAGUGUCCGCGAACAAUGUGGAGAAGAAGAAACCGGGGCGAAAAUCUCUCGCCGUCACGGCGGCCGCACGGAAGCGGUCGCCUUCGCCGGCAAAGCGUAAACCAUCACCAGCACGGAGAGCAUCACCGGCACGACGAGCUUCACCGGCACGCAAAGCAUCACCGGCACGGAAAGCUUCCCCGGCCCGGAAAGCAUCACCGGGCAGGAAACCGAAGGCCGCAACCGACAACGCUGCAACGUCCACCGUAACGAAAGCAACCGAACCGACAAAAGUAUCGCCCGAAGAACCGAGGCGUUCGCAGCGAAUUCGCGCUUCGGAGGAAAAGGUGGACACGGUGCUGCUAUCCUUAAAAAAAUCCCCCGUCGACAAGCGCCUGUCGGUGAUCAUUGACGAUAGGGAAGUGAGUGGUAUAUUGGGCGGUAGAAACUCCCUCAGCAAAAGUAUGACACCGAACGUAAGUCGCCGUUCGCAUGGGAUCACUCCGACCACUGGCACGGAACGUAGCCGGGCGACAGUGUCCCGUUCGAUGAGUGCCCUGCAGGAUUACUCAGAUCACGAGGAUGAUGCUGACUUUCAGAGUUUCCGCCGAGCGAAUGAUAACGGCACCGGAGACAAGGCACGCUUCACGUCCCGACACAUGCAGCAGCUCCAGGAGCAACAGGUUGAAUUUGGUGGUGCUUUCGGUGCCGCUGCUCUGUUGCUUGUCUUACCGCUGUUCAUGUUCGUCACGAAUCACUUCUGUUCCGGUGCGCAUCGCGACUGUCGGUUUGUGGUGCCGAACAGUUGGACCGAAUUUAGUACACUGUCGACGUACGUAAACAAGGAGAUCGCUAUGCUGUACGGGCUGUUUGUGUUCGGUGUUGCCUUACUGACGGGCUUACCGAUCGGCAAGCAGGUGACGCUCACGGACGAAUCCUCCCAACAGACCACCCACAUCUUCAACGGAAUGUUAGUAGCGUUCGGCACAGCGCUGGCGGCUUUUGUGACGGAGUACUGCUACAAGUAUCCGCUACUGUCCGUGCUCAGCCGUGGAUACAAUCAGCUGCUAGCGCUUAGCUUGCUCACAGCGUUGGUUGCCGCAUUGUUCGCCUUCCUUAAAUCACGUAAGGUUACAACAUUCGAACUUAACCCGUACGGAAAAACUGGAAAUUUCCUAGCAGACUAUUUGGCCGGUCGUCAAAUCGAUCCGACCGUGCUGGGCGUGUUCAAUCUGAAGCUCAUCACCUACCACGCAUCGAUGGUACUCGCACUGCUCUUCAACUGUAUCAUCCUGUACCGUAAUCUACAUUUUGCCACUCUGCCCGAACAACUGGUCGAUGCUCCACUGCAGGAAAAACUGCUCUACUCGCUGCAGAACCUUUCCUGUGAAACGGUUCCGGUGGCUGCCGCCGGUUUAACCGUACUGUAUCUUCUGGAUUGUCUUGCCUAUGAACACCAUUUGGCCGCUUCGUUCGAGCUGCAGCAUGAAGGCUUCGGUGCGCUGUUGCUGCUACGUUACGCGAUGUUCCCGUUCCUCGUGACCCUGCUGCCGAAGUACGUUGCUGCACACAAACUAACCAACGUUCCGCUGUGGGCUGUGGCAGUGUGCGUUGCUGUCGCACUGGUUGGACUGUUCGUGAAACGAGCCUCGAUGCGGUUAAAGUAUCUCUACCGUUUGAAUCCACUGGGUGAAAAGGUUGCAUGUUUGGAAACGUAUCCUACCUUCCAGGGGCGAAGACUGUUGGUUGCGAAGUGGUGGCGCUUGGUGCGUCAACCGAACUACGUCGGUGAUCUGUUGCAGAAUGUCGCACUGCUGCCUAUGCUGUAUUGGCGCUUUGCCUGGCCACCGUUGCUAGCGGUCCUGUUCACGGUGGUUUUGCUGGUGCAUCGUGCCAAGCGAUUGCAUCGCCGCAACGCAGAAAAGUACGACUCUUCUUGGCUGCGUUACUGUCACACGGUUCCACAUUUGCUUGUUCCCCGCGUUUACUAA